AUGGAACAACCCAGUGAGCCCAACAACGCUGCCAUGUAUGAUGCGCGCAGGCGCAGAGCAUCUGUGGGCACAUCACAGCUGCUCGAUAACAUCGUGUCUGCCUCCAACUUCGAUAGGGAUGAGGUGGAUCGGCUUCGCAAGCGAUUUAUGAAACUAGACAAGGAUAGCUCCGGCACCAUCGAUCGUGACGAGUUCCUCUCCCUCCCCCAAGUAUCGUCCAACCCGCUGGCGACGAGAAUGAUCGCGAUCUUCGACGAAGACGGUGGCGGCGAUGUCGACUUCCAGGAAUUUGUGUCGGGUCUGUCGGCGUUCAGCUCCAAGGGCAACAAGGAGGAAAAGCUGCGGUUCGCGUUCAAGGUGUACGAUAUCGACCGCGACGGCUAUAUUUCUAACGGCGAGCUGUUUAUCGUGCUGAAGAUGAUGGUGGGCAACAACCUGAAGGAUGUGCAGCUGCAGCAGAUCGUGGACAAGACGAUCAUGGAGGCGGACAAGGACCGCGACGGCAAGAUCAGCUUCGAGGAGUUCACUGAGAUGGUGGAGAAUACGGAUGUUAGCCUGAGCAUGACGCUGAACCAAAUCUAA